AUCAAAACGUGAGAUUGGCACUUGGCACAUUAUUGCAUUUCAUUUUUGCACAUUGAAAAAGUAUACACAUAUUGACGAAUAAACGAGUGCAAGUGAAAUAGAUAUAAAACUAUGCUCAAAAUGCACAUUUACUCAUUGGCUUAAUUGUCAAUGUCAACAUCAAUUCAAUACCACAUCUUUCAAAUCUAUCUCUAACUAUUCGAAAUCAGUUUCGAGUUAGUGUUCUAAAGAAAAUAGCAAUUUGCCUUUUUAAACAAUGGAUAAUCAAGGAGAAUUACUGCAUUUCCUAGAUAUACUAGAUUUGAAUGAGGAAGUUAUCGAUAUCCCUUUAAAAAAUCUAAUGGGAAAAAGUAACCAUUCUAAUAAACAUCUACGAAAUAUUAUUCAAUUACUGAAGUAUAAACUGCUUAUUAACGUCCAAGAAGGCAUAGAAUGUGAGAAUAGCGAAGAGUUUGAUUUCAUUGUUAAAUUAUUGAAGAAUCUAACAAGUGACAAUGUCAGUUAUGUUUGUGAAAUUAUCAACAUGGUACUGUGUUUGAAACCGAGCGAUGUUGUUAGUAAAGCAGAACACUUACUGCAGCAACUAUUAUCGAACAUUGACUUCCAAAGCAGCUUUGAAGCACCAUCUACCUCUUUGACUAGCAAUGUAAAUAUGGACAAAUUACUUUGUUUAAAAGUAGCUGAUAGUAUCCUGAAUGCGACCAUUCAGUUUGGAGAAAAAGUCUCUUUACUGUUCUUAGAGACACCUCUAGAAAAGAUCUUGGAUUCAUCAGAUGAAGUUCUGAAAGUAUAUUUCUUAACAGAUAUGGUACCAGCAUUACUUUUUGGGGUAGUUGGCUAUGAUAUACUAGAUAGGAUAUGGGACCACAUACAGUCAUUCAAAGGGGACAAUAAGGAGAAUGCAUUAAAGGUACUGAGCUGCCUCUCUGAUUACUACCUACCCACUCCUGAUGCAAAAGGAGAUAGCCAAUUUGUAUCUGAAAUUGUCCACCAAUAUAACUUUUGGGAAAUUGUAUUAUUUGGCAUGAUGUCUGACAAUGCAUCUAUCAGGAAAAUAUCUGUGUACCUCACUAAAAAGGCCAUAGACUCUAUAAUCGCCACCAAAAAGGAUGUCAAAGUUAUAUAUUUAAAUGAAAUCAUAUUUCAAUGGAAUAAUGGUAAUACUAAAGCUCUGAAAACUAUGUGGCAUAAUUUCUUCAUCUUAAUAGACAGUUUAGAAGAAAAACAGGGAAACAUAGUGUUGCCAUCAUUAAAGCUAUUUGAAUCCGUCAAUGUUGGUGUCUGGUGGUUGAACUCGGCGUUUAACAUGGGCCUUAAACAUGAAAAUACACAGGUCAGAUUGAAAUGUAUGGAGUACAAACUGAAAACUAAAAUCAGAAAUGAAACAGAAGCUCAAAUAUUGCUUGAAGCCAUUAAUGAUAUUAAUUUAUUUGAUAACAAUGCAAUAUAUCAAGGCCUUAAGGCUCAAAUACUGGAAUUAUUACUAGCAAUCGUUUAUAUUUAAAUCUAUUUCUCAAGUAAAAUGGGCACCUAUACCACUGUACCACUUCACUGAUGUUUUAGCUAAUUUAAAAAUGGAUGCUUCAUUCGUAGCAAAUGAUAAAGAUUUAACAAAAAUCACCGCUGAUAUUUUGAGGGUACCUUGUAAUAAUGUUGUAUUGCGAAGGGCAGUACAGUUUAACAUAAUAUUUUUCAUAAAACAUUGCCUAAGUCACUUAAAUUGGAAAGAAAUUUUGAAUAUUUACCCUAAUAUUAAUUUAAAAAUUCCUUUCCAAGAAAACCCCUUCAUUGAAAUUGUAAAACAAGUUCCUAUAACGAAAGAAGAUAAAGUAAUGAAUUUAAAAAUAAUGUCAGACAGUUAUGCAAAUGUAGACCUUGUUUUACUACACUUGUUGGCUCAUGAAGAAGAUACAAACAUUGUUAUUGAAAUAAUUGAAGAUAAAAUAAAGAAAAUACAAGAAGGCCUCAACAGGCAGUAUGCAGACAAAAAGAAAUAUCUCAACGAUGUUUUAUUCUUACUGGAUUUGUCAAGCAAAACUAAAGAUUCCCCACUAAACAACAUUAACGAGGCCAUCACACGGCAAAAUAAGACAUUAUUGCUAUAUCUACUAAGUCUGUUUUCAAAUGAUGUGGUCUUAGGAAUGGAGGAUAUAUCAAAAUUAUGUAAAUAUCAUGAAUUUAUUUUUAAUGAACAAGAGCUCGGUGCUGAAUUACUGCAGCUCUAUAAAACAGCUGUUUUAUUCCUGAAGUCCAACCCAGACAUAGAUAAAGCAGUCAUUAGUUUAUUUAUUAUAAAAAUGCUACACAGUAGUCCUGUAAUGCUAACCAGUUAUAAGCAUGAAAUGCUUAAUGUAAAUAGUUUUAUUCAAAUAGUUUCAACUGAAGAAUUCAAAGGUGCCCAACACGAAAGUAUGGGCAGAUUGAAAAAUGUGUUUUAUGAGAAGUCUUGUGCAAUAAUAUGCUUUUUGAUUAAAGAAGAGAAAGAUGUUGAUAGCUGCCUGAAUGAUGUGAUUAUAUACAUGGAAAAUGUGCUAGAAUGUGGAGGGUAUGGGUGUUUAAAAUGGAUCCUGAAGACAGUCAACAAAAUUAUUAACAAACUUACUAAUGGUGACAUCAACUUCAACUUAAUUCAGUUUGUGAACAGAGUUUGGGCAGAAAUUGAGGAGCUGAAGUCCAACAGCCAAUAUUCACCAUGCAUUGAAGAGUUUGUUCAACUAAUAACUCAAGAUUGUAUCUUAAAAAGUCCAAUAUAUAACAAUGUUAUAGUAACUACAUACUGCAAUAAGAUUAUAGAAUAUGGACCUAUAAAAACGAAUCCACUGUUCUACUUGAUUAGGAAAUUGAAUGGGAAAAAUAUGAAGGAGUAUGGGCAUCUCAUUUAUGUUUUAUGUGACAUAUUGCUCUACUGUCCUGUGCCCAGGAAAGAUCAGAGGAUUUCAGAUAAUGUAACACUAGAAGUUCUACAAGACCCCAGAUAUCGUGUAAAUAAAGAAAGUAUUGAUGUCCAUUUCAACUACGAAAUCCAGUAUCUAGCAAUAGCGUCAUUAUGCAACAUCAAUGACGCAGAAACUCUCGGAAUCAUCACCAAUCUCACGACCAUCCGCAUCGACAGCUUAUUCAAGAAUAAACAGCGUUACCAUGGCAACUCACAGUUGCACAGAGUUUUGCAAACUACCCUACAACAUAUUUUGUUGUUGGUGUUGAAGAAUGGGGAUUUGAAGAGUUUCUGCAGGGAGCAUAAUUGGUGUUUGAAUAUGUUUGUGAAGCUGCCUCAUCAGCCAAGUGUCAGGAUUUGCUUUGAAUGGUUCAUUUCGCUGUAUUUUUAUGUUGAGAAAAUCACCAUCGGCGAAGAAAUGCUUCAGAUUAUGAAGUCAAGGAAUAUACCACUGACCUCACAGUUCUUUAUAGUAUAUUGGUUGCUAAAGCAUAAAAUAUCUAACAAUACAUACACAGAACUUGAGUACAACUUUGUUUUGGACUUCUUACUCUCUCAUACAAUGGGUCAACUAUUUAAUGUUAGAUUAAACGCACAAUACUUAGCCACCAUCCUAUAUAAACUAGCGAACAGAACUACAAAAUACGAAUACAUUAUAAAUAUCAUAGAAAGAACCUUCUCAGAAUGUAAUACGGAUAAAAACUACAUAAAACUUAGAAGCGAUUAUUUUACUAACGAUUUUGAUAUCGUUGGGAACCUUACACCAUACUUCAUAUAUUAUGUGUUGCCAAAAUUAUGUGAGAUUGAUAGCAAUGAGAAGAUAAACAUGCAGUUUGUUAAUCAUAUCAUCAAAGAUAUUGAUGAGAAGGUGGCUAGAGAUGGUACUGGGGAGUUUAUCAAUGAGUGGAAAUGUUGUCGGAAGGCUAAUGAUCAGUUUGCAGUAUUGCAACCAAGUAAAGGUUUUGAUGAGAGGAGUUCUGAAGAUGUAGAAGCGAUGGGGACUAUACAGAAGAAGUAUAUUCCUUGGAGGAACAUGAGUGAUGUCAAUGUUUAUGAUACGGGGAAGAAGAGGGAAAGUCCAAGUCAAUUAAUUGUGGUGGCAUCAUUGAUAGACAAGUUACCCAACUUGGGUGGAAUGGCGCGCACCAGCGAAGUGUUUGGCGUUCAGACUUAUGUCGUGGACAGUUUGAGGCACCUACAGGACAGGCAGUUCCAGGGGCUCAGCGUAUCAGCAGAAAGAUGGAUCAACGUAGAAGAGGUCCGUCCUGGCCGACCUCUCAAGGAGUACUUGUUGAAGAAGAAAGAGGAGGGGUAUGCCGUGGUGGCAGCGGAACAGACCUCUAGCAGUACCAAGCUUCAAACCUUCAAGUUUCCUAAGAAGACAUUGUUGUUGCUUGGCCACGAGAAAGAGGGCGUGCCAUGCGACUUGUUGCCCCUAAUGGACCAUUGCGUUGAAAUCCCUCAACAAGGCUACGUCAGAUCACUAAAUGUGCACGUUACGGCGGCCAUAUUUGUUUGGGAGUAUGCUAGACAGAAUGUUUUGUAACAAAACUACCUUUUAUCCCCUCUGCAGGCAUAGAUAAAUAGCGUCAAUUACAUAUCCAGCUUCGAAUACAAUAAUUGAGUUUCGUUGUACGAGGCUAAUGUGGAAACCUUAUCAUAAUUAUGUACUUUAAUUCCGUGCAUUGAGUUUUUAUACCACUUUUAUGCCAUUUGUCUAAGCCUGCAGGUUAAGGCUAAAAGCUACAAUCACCAGUUUUGUUUUAUAAUUCGAAUUUUAUUUAAAUGUUAAAUUGUGGAUCGUCAUUGUAAUGUGCGUUUUUGCAGCACAACCACAGAU